CCCCGGCAGCGCUGCGGGGCGGCUGCGGGAGAACGGCCCCGCUGAGCCCGGCCCCGCCGCGGGGAACCCCGCAAGCAUGGCCCGCUGGAUCCCCACCAAGAGGGAGAAGUACGGGGUCGCAAUCUACAAUUAUGAUGCUGUCCAAGAUGUGGAGCUUUCCCUGCAAGUUGGUGAUACAGUUCACAUUUUGGAGAUGUAUGAAGGCUGGUACCGAGGAUACACACUCAGAAAUAAAUCUAAGAAGGGCAUUUUCCCAGAAACAUACAUCCAUUUAAAAGAAGCAGUGGUGAAGGACCGGGGACAGCAUGAAACAGUGAUCCCAAGUGAAUUGCCCCUUGGACAAGAGCUCACUUCCACCCUGAGAGAGUGGGCAGUCAUCUGGCACAAAUUAUAUGUGAACAACAAGACAACCCAGUUUCGGCAUGUCCAGCAGCUGACCUACAGCCUGAUAGAAUGGAGAUCCCAGAUCCUCUCUGGGACCCUUCCCAAUGAUGAGCUGGCUGAGCUCAAGAAGAAAGUCACUGCUAAGAUUGACUAUGGCAACAGGAUCCUUGGUUUGGACCUGGUUGUACGAGAUGACAAUGGGAACAUCUUAGACCCAGAUGAAACCAGCACAAUCUCUCUCUUCAAGGCCCAUGAGACUGCAUCCAAAAGGAUUGAUGAGAGGAUCCAGGAAGAGAAGUCCCUGCAACAGAAUCUGGACCUCCGAGGGCAGCCAGUAUUCAGCACAACACAUACAUACAGCCUGUAUGUAAACUUCAAGAAUUUUGUUUGUAAUAUUGGAGAAGAUGCAGAGCUGUUAAUGAGCCUCUAUGAUCCUGAUCUCUCCAAGUUCAUCAGUGAAAAUUACCUGGUUCGUUGGGGCAGUAAUGGGAUGCCUAAAGAAAUUGAGAAACUAAAUAACCUACAAGCAGUCUUUACUGAUUUAAGCAGUUCUGACUUGAUCAGACCAAAAAUCAGCUUGGUGUGUCAGAUUGUGAGGGUGGGACACAUGGAGCUGAAAGAUGGGAAGAAACAUACCUGUGGACUCAGGAGACCCUUUGGUGUGGCAGUGAUGGACAUAACAGAUAUCAUCCAUGGAAAGGUGGACGAUGAGGAAAAGCAACAUUUUAUUCCAUUUCAGCAGAUUGCCAUGGAAACUUACAUCAGGCAGAGACAGCUCAUCAUGUCCCCACUGAUAACUUCCCAUGUGAUUGGAGAAAAUGAGCCCCUCACUUCUGUCUUCAACAAAGUCAUUGCUGCAAAGGAAGUGAAUCAUAAAGGGCAAGGUCUUUGGGUCUCCCUGAAACUGCUUCCUGGAGAUCUAUCUCAGGUUCAAAAGGAUUUUUCCCACCUUGUAGACAGAUCAACUGCUGUGGCUCGCAAAAUGGGAUUCCCUGAGAUAAUCCUUCCUGGUGAUGUUCGAAAUGAUAUCUAUGUCACCCUAAUCCAAGGAGAGUUUGACAAAGGGAAGAAGAAGACUCCCAAGAAUGUAGAAGUCACCAUGUCUGUCCAUGAUGAAGAUGGAAAUCUCCAAGAGAAAGCUAUCCAUCCUGGUGCUGGUUAUGAAGGUGUCUCUGAAUAUAAGUCUGUUGUUUAUUACCAAGUCAAGCAACCUUGCUGGUACGAAACUGUCAAGGUGUCCAUUGCAAUAGAGGAAGUCAGUCGUUGCCACCUGAGAUUCACCUUCCGUCAUCGCUCAUCCCAGGAAUCUAGAGAUAAGUCUGAGAGAGCUUUUGGCAUGAGCUUUGUGAAGUUGAUGAAUGCAGAUGGAACAACACUGCAAGAUGGCAAACACAAUUUGAUUGUUUAUAAGGGUGAUAACAAGAAAAUGGAAGAUGCUAAAUGCUAUUUGACUCUUCCCUGUACCAAAAUGGAGAUGGAGGAGAAGGAGGCCCCCUCAGGGAAAAACCUGCACCACCUUGCCAACUUCACACCCACUAAAGACAGUACAAAAGACAGUUUCCAGAUUGCCACUGUCAUCUGCUCCACCAAACUUACCCAGAAUGUUGACCUGCUGGGUUUGUUGAACUGGCGUUCUAACUCUCAGAACAUAGCUCACAACCUAAGGAAGCUGAUGGAGGUGGAAGGAGGAGAAAUUGUGAAGUUUUUGCAGGACACCCUUGAUGCACUUUUCAACAUCAUGAUGGAAAUGUCAGAAAAUGAAACCUAUGACUUCCUUGUGUUUGAUGCACUGGUAUUUAUAAUUUCUUUGAUUGGAGACAUCAAAUUCCAGCAUUUCAACCCUGUUCUUGAAACUUACAUUUACAAGCACUUCAGUGCAACCCUGGCUUAUGUGAAACUCACCAAAGUACUGAACUGUUACGUGGGAAAUGCUGAGGACUCCAGCAAGACAGAAUUGCUCUUUGCUGCUCUGAAAGCCCUAAAGUACCUUUUCCGAUUCAUCGUCCAGUCACGAAUAUUGUACCUGAGGUUUUAUGGAAAAAGUGAAGAUGGGGAUGAAUUUAAUGAUGCGAUACGCAAGCUGUUUCUCUCCUUCAAUGUCCUCAUGGAUCGGCCUUUAGAGGAAGCUGUCAAGAUUAAGGGUGCAGCUUUAAAGUAUUUGCCAAGCAUCAUAAAUGAUGUCAAAUUAGUUUUUGACCCUGUUGAGCUCAGUGUCCUCUUCAGCAAGUUUAUCCAAAGUAUUCCUGACAACCAGUUAGUUCGACAGAAGCUCAACUGCAUGACCAAGGUAGUCGAGAGUGAUCUGUUCAAACAGGCAGAAUGCAGAGAUGCUCUUCUGCCACUGCUAAUAGAUCAGCUAAGUGGCCAGCUGGAUGACAAUUCAAACAAGCCUGACCAUGAGGCCUGCUCACAGCUCCUUAGCAAUGUCCUUGAAGUCCUGGAUCGGAAAGAUGUGGGGCCCACAGCUUUCCACAUCCAGCUGAUCAUGGAACGCCUGCUCAGGAGAAUAAACCGCACGGUGAUCGGAAUGAGCAGACAGUCUCCUCACAUUGGUAUUUUUGUGGCCUGCAUGACAGCCAUCCUGAGGCAGAUGGAUGAUUUCCAUUACAGCCAUUACAUCAAGACUUUCAAAACCAAGCAGGACAUUAUUGACUUCCUGAUGGAAACAUUCAUUAUGUUUAAGGAUCUGAUUGGAAAAAAUGUCUAUGCAGCUGACUGGAUGGUCAUGAAUAUGAUGCAGAGCAGGGUUUUCCUCCGGGCAGUGAACCAAUUCACCUCUGUACUCAACCAUUCAUUUCUGGAUCAAACAAGUUUUGAACUCCAGCUCUGGAAUAACUAUUUCCAUUUGGCAGUGGCCUUUCUCACUCAUGAAUCCCUCCAGCUGGAGACCUUCUCACAAGCCAAACGCAACAAAAUUAUCAAGAAGUAUGGGGACAUGAGGAAAGAAAUUGGCUUCAAAAUAAGAGAUAUGUGGUAUAAUCUAGGUCCCCACAAAAUCAAAUUCAUCCCAGCAAUGGUUGGCCCAAUCCUGGAGGUAACCCUGGUGCCAGAGCCUGAGCUAAGGAAAGCCACCAUCCCCAUCUUCUUUGAUAUGAUGCAGUGUGAGUUUAACUUCAGUGGGAACAGAAACUUCCAUAUGUUUGAAAAUGAGUUGAUAACCAAGCUGGACCAGGAAGUGGAGGGUGGACGAGGGGAUGAACAGUACAAGAUUCUGCUGGAGAAACUCCUUCUGGAGCACUGUAGGAAACAUAAAUAUCUCUCUGCUUCUGGAGAAGUGUUUGCUUUUCUGGUCAGCAGCCUGCUGGAGAACCUGCUGGACUACAGGACCAUCAUGCAUGAUGAGAGCAAGGAGAACCGCAUGAGCUGCACUGUCAAUGUGCUGAAUUUUUAUAAAGAGAAGAAAAGAGAGGACAUUUAUAUCAGGUAUCUGUAUAAACUCCGGGACCUGCACACAGACUGUGAGAACUUCACAGAAGCAGCAUACACUCUCCUCCUCCAUGCAGAACUGCUCCAGUGGUCUGAGAAGCCAUGUGUCCCUCAUCUCCUCCAGAGGGACAGCUUCUACGUCUACUCACAACAGGAACUCAAGGAAAAACUCUACCAAGAAAUUAUCUCCUUCUUUGACAGGGGCAAAAUGUGGGAAAAAGCCAUUCAGCUAAGCAAAGAGUUGGCUGACAUGUAUGAAAACAAGAUCUUUGAUUAUGAGGGACUUGGUAAUCUCCUGAAAAAACGAGCUACUUUUUAUGAGAAUAUUAUGAAGGCAAUGAGACCCCAACCAGAAUACUUUGCUGUUGGAUACUAUGGUCAGGGUUUCCCUUCUUUCCUCCGGAAUAAAAUUUUCAUCUAUCGUGGCAAAGAGUAUGAACGAAGGGAGGACUUCAACCUGAAGCUCUUGACCCAAUUUCCUAGUGCAGAGAAGAUGACCAGCACUGCUCCUCCAGGAGAAGAGAUCAAGUCUUCUCCCAAACAGUAUGUGCAAUGCUUUAUUGUGAAGCCUGUGAUGAACCUGCCACCUAAUUACAAGGAUAAACCUGUUCCUGAACAGAUCUUGAACUACUACAGAGCAAACGAGGUGCAGCAGUUCACACACUCCCGACCAGUCAGGAAAGGAGAAAAAGAUCCAGACAAUGAGUUUGCUAAUAUGUGGAUAGAAAGGACAACCUACACAACAGCAUACUCGUUCCCAGGCAUCCUCAAGUGGUUUGAAGUCAAACAGAUUACAACAGAAGAGAUCAGCCCCUUGGAGAACGCCAUAGAAACGAUGGAGCUAACCAAUGAGAAAAUCAGCAACAUUGUCCAACAGCACAUCUGGGACAGGAGUCUCCCUGUGCACCCUCUCUCUAUGCUCCUGAAUGGGAUUGUGGACCCAGCAGUCAUGGGGGGAUACACCAACUAUGAAAAGGCCUUUUUCACAGAGAAAUAUCUUCAGGAACAUCCUGAGGAUCAAGAUAAAAUAGAACUGCUCAAGCAACUGAUAGCUCUACAGAUGCCUUUGUUGGCAGAAGGGAUUAGGAUCCAUGGUGAGAAGCUGACAGAGCAGCUGAAGCCUCUGCAUGACAGACUGACAGCCUGUUUCAAAGAGCUGAAGAAGAAGGUGGAGAAGCAGUAUGGUGUGAUAACUCUGCCUCCCUCCCUCACUGAAAGGAAACAGAGCAGGUCAGGCUCUGUUGUGCUGCCCUACAUCAUGUCUUCCACACUGAGAAGGCUCUCUGUGACAUCUGUGGCAUCUUCUGUGGUCUCUACCUCUUCCACUUCAUCUGACAGCACUUCCUCCAGACCAGGUUCUGACGGAUCUAUUCUGGAGCCUCUCUUGGAGAGAAGAGUAUCAACAGCUUCCAGAGCUGAGGAACUGCCCAUGAAAGAUGAUGGUGAUAACAGGAUCAGCAAACUGAAACGGAAGGAAUGGAGUAUUAGCAAGUCUCAGGUUAUUGUAGAGAAGGAGCCAGAAGCAGAACUGACUUCCAAAAUGGGCAUGUCAGGAAAAGCACCAAGGCCAAAGAGUCUUCAGUUAGGAGACAACAGACUGACUUUGCUUCAGGGUUCUUCACUCCAGCAAUCAACAACCUGCAGCCCACCACCCAUCACUCCCAAAACCCCAAGAACCCAAAGUUUUCCAUCAUUGCAAGCUGAUGGAUUGGCAACUGCUGGUUUACAGAGCACCCCACCCCCACCUCCACCCAAAAGCAAACCCUACGAGAACAGCAACCCAAGGAAUUCUGUGGAGGUUGCUCCACCAUUACCCAGCAGACGUGAAGCCAAACCUCCCCCUCCACCCCCAAAAACCAGAAAAUCCAGCGUUGUCUCUUCAGAGCAAGGAUUGCAGUGAGGAUCCCCACGUGCUGAUGGAACAGCAAGCACCUAGACUGGAAUGGCUGCUUUAUUUUACUGACAUGCUGGGCCUUUCUGAACCUAAAGACUUGUGAGCUCACCUGCCAUUCCAUUCACUCCCCUCGGAGUUUUCUUUGGGAAAUACCAAAAGGAACUGGUUUUGUGACUGUAUUCUCAACUCUGGUUUACCUUUGCAGUACUGAGACACUAAGCACAGAGCAGGAAACCAUCCCACUGGAAUUCUUGUCUGCUUUAGUCUUGUCUGUCCCAAGUUUUUUUCACUGAUGCCAUUUCAGCAGCUCUUUCCUUGUGCAAACCUCCUAAUAGUAAUGAUUUGCACUGCUGUUUGCCACAAGGUAAGCCACACCAGUAUGAGGUGUGUGUCCUGCAGUAUUUUCACAGAAGUUCCUUACAGCCUUACAGUUGUACUUCUGCACCAAUCCCCCCUCCUGCCUCCAUGGCACACUCAAGCCCUGGUUUGCCCAGGGUGGAACAGAUCACAGCCAUCCCAAAGCUGGGAAAUGUCAGCUCCUGAGAUGUCAGGUGCUGCUGGAUGAUGUGCAGUCUCCUAAGGUUCUUGAUUGCAGGCAGAGACCUGAGCAUUGUUAGCAGAAUAACAAGUCCUUUUUCUUUCUUUUUUUUUUUUUUCCUCCUAGUCUUGUACAUCUGAAAGAUGAAGUGCAGACAUUCUGCCUUGCACCAGCUCUGCUCAAGUAGUGGCACUUGCUCACUCCCAAUGGGGAGUUGAGGUUCACCAGUACUUUGUCUUAAUUUCACUGUUGAUUCUGAUUUUAACACUACAGAGCAGUUGAUACUCAUCCCUGAAAUAUGUCACCUGCCUGGUUUGUGCUUGCAUCUAGGACUUGGUGCAAUAUUUCAUCUUUGCACUUUUUAAUAGGUUGUAAAUUGUUGCUUCUCUCCUGUGAGUAUAUGAGAAGAACAGAAGCUGCAUUGAUACCAGCAUGGUACUGGUACCAGCAGCUUCAAGAGAGGAUGGGUUUUACAUCCUGACCUCAGAAACAAAGUGUGAUCCUUACUGUAACCUUUACUUUGCCUGGGCAAAUUCCCACAUAGAAAUAAUUCUUGUGCUCUUUUUUUUUCCUGCACCCACUUGUGGCAGUACUUGCACCUUUUUUUUUUUUAUAACCUCCCUUGAUCUAUGUUUUUAACACCCUCUAGACUUUAUGGAGCCAUUUAGAUCUGGGAUGCAUAUGAAAGACUUGACAAGUAACCACCCAGUUCCUUGUUGCUUGGGUUACUUCAGCUCUCUGCAGUUUUUCUUCCUUUGGAAGAAGGGAUAAUUGAUAAUCUUUAUUUUUGUUACUUACUCCCUGCUCUGUCUGGAUGUCAGCUUCAGUCUUUCUAUUUGAAUAGAGAAAAAAUGACAUGGUCUUAGGUUUUAAUGUUUUGAAAUCCACAUGAUCCAAGCAGAAAAAGCCUGUUGCACAGUUAGAAUCCCCUGUCCUCACAGUUGCACAGUGACCAGAAGUUCAACACAAAUAUAAUUGUUAUUUAUGGACCAGAUGGGCCUUAGAAGCAGCAUUCCUCUGUGCCUGAGCUGCCUGCUAAAAGUCAGGACCAGUUGUGAUGAAUACCCCAAAGCUGGCAGAUCCAUUUUGCUCUUCUCAGGUCCCUGACUCCUGGCAGGGCUGCUCUCCUGGGCUGGGCACUUUCUCUUCUCUUGCAGGGACUUUGUAGCACUUAAGCAGAAGAUCAUUCAGUUCCAAAUCCUCUUGCAGUGUAUUCCUGCUCUCUUCUGCUCUUCUUUUAAUUUGGAGCCUAGAUGGCUCCAAAGAAAGUUACAGGAACUAUUUUUUUUUUCUCUAUGGAGUAAGACUUUCCUAAAUUGCCUAUUCCAGCACUAAUGCAGAACUUCACUGUGUCCUUUUCAAGCUGCAUAAUUGAAACUUGCUUUAUAUACCCCCCACAAAGUUGCAGCUACAGUGGGAGGAAUCUUCCUUUUCCCAGUCCUUGCCUUUGGCUUCUGCAAUACAGAGAGUGUGAGCAGAGUCCUUCCAGUGAAGACAGAGGCAAAGUAGCCACUGAGUAGCUCAGCCUUCUCUUCAUCUUGGGUGACCAGCUCUCCCAGUUCCUUCAGAAGUGAGCCCACGUUUUCCCCAGUCUCCCUCUUACCAUUAACACACCCAGAGAAAUUUUUCCUGCUGUCCUUAACCCCCCUUGCCAGAUACAAUUCCCUCUGCUUUUGCUUUCCUAACCUGAUCUCUUGCCUCUCUCUACUUCAGUAGGAAAUAGAAAUACUGUUGGGGUGGGGUAUUUUGCACCAUUUUUCUGCUUCCAUGACUUCAAUGGGUUUCAUUAACUUACUGAAAAGUUGAAGUACAUUAAACCUAAUGAAAACUUUUUUCAGCAAAGGCUUUUUCAGGGAAAACCAAACCCAGUGAAACC